GCGGCUGUCUUGAGGCAUGGAGCAGCCUAGACCCUGCCAAGCAAACCUGGACAGCCUGAAUGUGUUCCACACCAAUGAUUCUUAUCAUCAGGCCAGGAACUGCAGCACAGAACGAAGCACCACCUACCAAGAUGGCAUCCCGCUCUCCUGGAAGAUAGUUCUGACCAUCGUCUUGGCCCUCAUCACCUUGGCCACCAUGCUGUCCAAUGCUUUUGUCAUUGCCACUGUCUACCAGAGUCGCAAGCUCCACACGCCAGCCAACUAUCUCAUCGCCUCCUUGGCAGUCACCGAUCUUCUGGUGUCUAUCCUCGUCAUGCCCAUCAGCACCAUGUACACUGUGACUGGGAAAUGGACCUUGGGCCAGAUAGUCUGUGAUGUCUGGCUCUCUUCGGAUAUCACUUGUUGCACUGCUUCCAUUCUCCAUUUAUGUGUGAUUGCCCUGGACAGAUACUGGGCCAUUACUGAUGCAGUGGAGUACUCUACCAAAAGGACUCCCAAGAGGGCAGCUGUCAUGAUUGCCCUUGUAUGGGUCUUCUCUGUCUCCAUCUCAAUGCCCCCUUUGUUCUGGCGCCAGUCAAAAGCUGAAGAGGUGGCUGAUUGUGUAGUGAACUCGGAUCACAUAUUGUACACCGUCUACUCCACAGUGGGGGCGUUCUAUUUCCCCACUUUGCUGCUGAUCAUCCUCUAUGGAAGAAUUUAUGUGGAAGCCAGAUCUCGAAUUUUGAAACAGACACCAAAGAACACAGGCAAAAGGUUAACCCGAGCUCACUUAAUAACAGAUUCCCCAGGGUCAACGUCAUCAGUUGCUUCCAUAAACUGCAAGGCUUCGGAGGCUUCUAGUGAAACAGGAUCUCCCGUUUACAUGAACCAAGUCAAAGUGAAGGUGUCUGAUGCAUUGCUGGAAAAAAAGAAACUGACAGCUGCCAGAGAGCGGAAAGCUACCAAGACUUUAGGGAUUAUUUUAGGAGCCUUCAUUGUGUGCUGGUUGCCCUUCUUCAUCAUCACAUUGGUGUUGCCUGUUUGUAAAGAUGCUUGCUGGUUUCACAUGGCCAUCUUUGACUUCUUCACGUGGUUGGGAUAUCUUAACUCUUUAAUCAACCCCAUCAUCUACACCAUGUCCAAUGAAGACUUCAAACAGGCAUUUCAUAAAUUGAUACGGUUUCGAUGUGCAAGCUGAAUUUUGAAUGCACUUAAGUGUAAUUCUCCAGGGCAGGAGGGCUUGAAUUCAUUUUGUAUGUCUGGUUUUGCAGGUAGGUAGAUCAUUCUUACCAUGUUACUGUGUCUCUGGAAAGCAGUACUUUUAAUGGCAAAAUGGAGUUCAGUGCACAGGAGAACCAUGCAAACCCAGUGUAGCUUCUCUUUCAGAGUGUAAGUAGCCUCCCUCUGAGCCUUGGUUAGAAAAGCUGCUGCAUCUAAUUAUACUCCCGCUAACAUUGCUGAAGGAAAAUAGUUUUGGCCUUAAAAUGAUUAUUUCUUCUGGAUUAUGGUAAGAACUGGAUGGCUUUUGGACAACUUUGGAGACACCUCCAUCCAGCGUGACUGCACUCGAUUGAAAAGUUUAUCAUCUAGUCUCUGCUAGGAGAUCUUUGCCUCUCAGCCAUCUGUGUUUGAAAGCCCUUCUCCAGUGUUUCACUCCUUUUUUCCUGCUAGCUUGCUAAUUUAAAGACUGUGCAGAGUGGACUGUAAAUGAAUCGCGCAUGCUGCUCAAAAUCUUACUAGUCGUACAGAGCAGAGACCUUGGAAGAGUAGGUGUUGAUAGUCUGACAGUAACUGUCCCUGACUUGCUGAUAGUAAAUGGGUUUGAGGGAUGUUGGGGAAGCAAAUCAAACAGAGGAAGCAGGGGGAUCAAAUAAGAACCCAGCAUGAGAAAAGCAACUGAUUCUUGUUUGUGUCUUCUUUUCUGUUUGUCAGAUUGUAACUAACAAAUCAAACUGUGUGUGUGUGUGUAGUGCACAUGCCUGCCUGCCUGCACACCAGAGUGCCAGAGCUUGCAAGCUUUUUUCCAUUUUUAUUUCCAUUCUAUAUGUUCCUGACAUUUUGCAUAUU